CUUACUACAUGGUUAUUAUUUAUGCUAAAUUACCAAGUAAUUGAUGUUUUAAAGACUGUAUUUAAGGUUGAAUCUUUUCCUCUGCAAAAUGGUUCCCUUUUUACUGCUGUCUCUCUGUCAUACUCUGAACUCUUGAAAGGACUCCAAACAUUGUUUUUAAGAUAACUUUUCAUCAGCACUCUUGGAAAAAAAAAUCAUUACCUGCAAGUUUUGCGUUAACAUCAUUAUUGUGUCCUCCAAGAAAAUAUGUUGCAUUUUUAUAUGGACAUUUACUAGCCAGAAGUGUAAAAAUGUCUUCUUUGGAAUAUGGCCAUAACAACAAAGAUGAUGAAAACUCUGUAUGUGAGAUAAUGAAUGUGAGUGAAGAUUCAGGAACCGAAGUGAAAGAUAGGGAGGACAUGAUGGAGGCUAUUUUGAAGCUAUAAUGGAACAUAAUACUGAGGAAAGUGAUGAAUCCAUAGAUUCAUUUGUGAGAAGAACUGCAAAGGAGAAUGAAGAGCGUAUCAGAAGUGAGAAGAGACAAGAAGAGACAAAAGAAUCUUUGGUUAUUGAUGCAUGUGUGUAUGGCUCUGAAGACAGUAGCUGUAAUACAAAUGAGGACAUAGUAAAAGACCUUAAAGUAACACACACUGCAAGUGGAGUGAUGUUUGGAAACUUAGGCGUAGGAUUAAAAUUGAAUGAGUCAGAUAAAGGUGAAAAGGAUGUCAUGGCAAGUGGUGAUGAUUUGAUUGCAGAUGAAGAAAAUGAUGAUGUGACAAGUGAAGAAAUUGAUGGUGGAGCUAUGGCAGGAAAGAAAAAUGAAAAUGCACUGGAAGGCAGAGAAAUAGAUGAUGUAGUGGCAGGCGAAGAGAUGGAUGAUGUAGUGGCAGGCGAAGAAAUGGAUGAUGAUGGAAGUGAAGAAUCAGAUGAUAUGGCAGGUGAAGAAACAGAAGAUGAUGGAGUAGAAGGCGAAGAAACAGAUGAUGGUGUGGCAGGUGAGGAAACAGAUGAUAUGAUGGCAGGCGAAGAAACGGAUGAUGAUAGGAUGGCAAGUGAAGGAAUGAAAGAUGAGGCUGUACCUGGUGAGGAAAUGGAUUAUGUAGAUGCCAGUGAGGAAGCAGAAGGUAAUGUAUUGGCAGGUGAAGACACUGAUGAUGAUGCCACAUUCGAAGAAAAUGAAGAUAUUGCAAGUGAAAGAAAAGAAAUUGUAACAGAUAAAGAAAAUCUAGAUAUAGCAGGUGAAGAAAUGGAAGAUAUGUUUGAUGAUGUCAAAGAAGAUAUGGAAAGUAAAGAAAAAGAGUAUGUGUUAGAAACAAUGAAAGAUGUGACAGAUCAUGCAAAGGAAUAUGAGGUAGAAGACAAUAUGUUAUAUGGUGAAAAUGACAAUGUGGCAAGGAAAGAAAAGGAAGAUGCAUCAGGUGGAGUCAAAGAUAAAACAGCCUGUGAAGAACUAGACGAUGACUUGACAGGUGAAGAUAAGGAAGACAGUGCGUUAGCUGACAAAAAAGAUGUGACAAGUAAUAGAAAGAAGAUGUGGCAGGUACAGUAAUGGAAGAGAGAAC